GUGGUUUCCUAGAAACAUGGUUGAUUUCUGGACCUGAACUCACAUCCUGGUGAGGAUUUCUUUACUGAUAAUGUCAAGUUCAGGUUAUCCUCCCAACCAAGGAGCAUUCAGCACAGAACAAAGUCGUUAUCCUCCCCACUCUGUCCAGUAUACCUUUCCCAGCACCCGUCACCAGCAGGAAUUUGCAGUCCCUGAUUAUCGUUCUUCUCAUCUUGAAGUUAGUCAAGCGUCACAGCUCUUGCAGCAGCAACAGCAACAACAACAGCUUCGUAGACGACCUUCCUUGCUUUCAGAAUUUCACCCAGGUUCUGACAGGCCUCAAGAAAGGAGAACUGGAUAUGAACAGUUUCACCCAGGUCCGUCCCAGGUGGAUCAUGAUUCACUGGAAUCCAAGCGCCCACGUUUGGAACCAGUUUCUGAUUCCCAUUUUCAGCGGGUCAGUGCUGCCGUCUUACCUUUAGUGCACACACUGCCAGAAGGGUUAAGGUCUUCUGCAGAUGCUAAGAAGGAUCCUGCGUUUGGAGGCAAACAUGAAGCUCCAUCCUCUCCACUCCCUGGGCAACCAUGUGGAGAUGAUCAAAAUGCUUCACCUUCCAAACUUUCAAAGGAAGAGUUAAUACAGAGUAUGGACCGUGUAGAUCGAGAAAUUGCAAAAGUAGAGCAACAGAUCCUUAAACUGAAAAAGAAGCAACAACAGCUCGAAGAAGAAGCAGCUAAACCUCCUGAGCCCGAGAAGCCUGUGUCCCCUCCUCCAGUGGAACAGAAACAUCGCAGUAUUGUCCAAAUUAUUUAUGAUGAGAAUCGGAAAAAAGCAGAAGAAGCUCAUAAAAUAUUUGAAGGUCUUGGCCCAAAAGUUGAACUGCCACUUUAUAACCAGCCAUCAGAUACCAAGGUGUACCAUGAGAACAUCAAGACAAACCAGGUGAUGAGGAAAAAACUCAUUUUAUUUUUUAAAAGAAGAAAUCAUGCAAGAAAACAAAGGGAACAAAAAAUCUGUCAACGUUAUGAUCAGCUCAUGGAGGCGUGGGAGAAAAAAGUGGACAGAAUAGAAAAUAAUCCUCGGAGGAAAGCUAAAGAAAGCAAAACAAGGGAAUACUAUGAAAAGCAGUUUCCAGAAAUAAGAAAACAGAGAGAACAGCAGGAGAGAUUUCAACGAGUCGGGCAGAGGGGAGCUGGUCUUUCAGCCACCAUUGCUAGGAGUGAGCAUGAGAUUUCUGAAAUUAUUGAUGGACUUUCUGAGCAGGAGAAUAAUGAGAAACAAAUGCGGCAGCUCUCUGUAAUCCCACCUAUGAUGUUUGAUGCAGAACAAAGGCGGGUCAAGUUCAUUAACAUGAAUGGACUUAUGGAGGACCCAAUGAAGGUCUAUAAAGAUAGGCAGUUUAUGAAUGUUUGGACUGACCAUGAGAAGGAGAUCUUUAAAGACAAGUUUAUCCAGCAUCCAAAGAACUUUGGACUAAUUGCAUCCUACUUGGAGAGGAAGAGUGUUUCUGAUUGUGUUUUAUAUUACUACUUGACCAAGAAAAAUGAAAAUUAUAAAGCUCUAGUAAGAAGGAAUUAUGGAAAACGCAGAGGAAGAAAUCAGCAAAUUGCCCGACCCUCACAAGAAGAGAAAGUAGAAGAGAAAGAAGAGGAUAAAGCAGAAAAAACAGAAAAAAAGGAAGAGGAAAAGAAAGAUGAAGAAGAAAAAGAUGACAAGGAAGACUCUAAAGAAAAUACGAAGGAAAGGGACAAGACAGAAAAUACAACAGAAGAAACUGAGGAAAGAGAGCAGGCCACACCCCGGGGACGAAAGACUGCCAACAGUCAGGGCCGUCGUAAGGGACGGAUCACCAGGUCCAUGACAAACGAAGCCGCAGCUGCCAGUGCUGCAGCUGCAGCUGCCACUGAAGAGCCUCCGCCUCCUCUGCCACCACCACCAGAACCCAUUUCUGCAGAGCCUGUGGAGACCUCUCGAUGGACAGAGGAAGAAAUGGAAGUUGCUAAAAAAGGUCUAGUCGAACAUGGUCGUAACUGGGCAGCAAUUGCCAAAAUGGUAGGAACCAAAAGUGAAGCUCAGUGUAAAAACUUCUAUUUUAACUAUAAAAGGCGACACAAUCUUGACAACCUGUUGCAGCAGCAUAAACAGAAAACUUCUCGAAAGCCUCGUGAAGAGCGAGAUGUAUCUCAGUGUGAAAGUGUAGCUUCCACUGUUUCUGCUCAGGAAGAUGAAGAUAUUGAAGCUUCUAAUGAAGAAGAAAAUCCAGAAGAUAGUGAAGUUGAAGCUGUCAAGCCCAGUGAAGAUAACACUGAAAAUGGUACUUCUCAAGGAAACACCGAGUCUGUGGCUGAGAUACAAUCCAGCUCUGAAACUGCACCCAGUACAUCUCCCUCCUCAGUAGGCCCAACUACAAAACAUGCUGAAAAUGAAAGUGUGGAGACCCAAGCCAAUGACAUCAGUGUUGAAACGGCAGAACCCACGGGCAUGGAUCAUCAGGAACAUAAUGCUGAAGUGAAUUCUGCUCUUGAACUACCAACAAUGAGCAAAGCUGACUCUGUAGAUGCUGAAAUGAAGGUGCUGGAAAACAGUGCAGCUGAAGUUGAAGGUGAUACCAAAGAUAGAGAUUUGGAGAGAGUGAGUGAGAAGAGUGAGGCUAGAGAUGAAGAUUUGGUCAUGGCUCAGCAAAUCAGUGCCCAGAGGCCUGAGCCUCAGUCAGACAAUGAUUCCAGUGCCACAUGCAGUGCUGAUGAAGAUGUGGAUGGAGAGCCGGAGAGGCAGAGAAUGUUUCCUCUGGACCCAAAGCCUUCAUUGUUAAACCCCACUGGAUCUAUACUGGUUUCAUCCCCAAUUAAACCAAAUCCAUUAGACCUGCAGCAGCUUCAACAUCGAGCUGCUAUUAUUCCACCAAUGGUUUCUUGCACCCCAUGUAAUAUACCAAUUGGAACCCCAGUGAGUGGCUAUGCUCUUUACCAGCGACACAUUAAAGCAAUGCAUGAGUCGGCACUCCUGGAGGAACAGAGGCAGAGGCAAGAACAGAUAGAUUUGGAAUGCAGAAGUUCUACAAGUCCAUGUGGCACCUCCAAGAGUCCAAACAGAGAGUGGGAAGUCCUCCAGCCUGCUCCACAUCAAGUGAUAGCUAAUAUUCCUGAAGGGGUUCGGCUUCCGACCACUCGGCCAACGAGGCCACCUCCUCCUCUCAUCCCAUCAUCCAAAACUACAGUGGCUUCAGAAAAACCAUCUUUUAUAAUGGGAGGUUCCAUCUCACAGGGAACACCUGGCACUUACUUGACCUCUCAUAACCAGGCUUCCUAUACUCAAGAAACAGCUAAGCCUUCAGUGGGAUCUAUAUCUCUUGGGCUGCCACGGCAACAGGAAUCUGCCAAAUCAGCUUCUGUGCCCUAUAUCAAGCAAGAAGAAUUUUCUCCCCGAAGCCAGAACUCACAACCAGAGGGUUUACUGGUCAGGGCUCAGCAUGAAGGUGUGGUUAGAGGUACCACUGGAGCUAUCCAAGAGGGAAGUAUAACUCGAGGAACCCCAACCAGCAAAAUCUCAGUGGAAAGCAUCCCCUCCCUGCGGGGCUCCAUCACUCAGGGCACCCCAGCUCUGUCCCAGGCUGGCAUACCAACUGAGGCAUUGGUGAAGGGAUCCAUUACUAGAAUGUCAAUUGAAGAGAGCAGUCCUGAGAAAGGCAGAGAGGAAGCUGCAUCUAAAGGCCAUGUUAUUUAUGAAGGCAAAAGUGGACACAUCUUGUCAUAUGAUAAUGUUAAGAAUGCUCGAGAAGGGACCAGAAGUCCAAGAACAGCUCAUGAAAUGAGUUUAAAGAGAAGCUAUGAGUCUGUGGAAGGAAAUAUAAAACAAGGGAUGUCUAUGAGGGAGUCUCCUGUGUCAGCACCUUUAGAGGGGCUGAUAUGCCGAGCACUGCCCCGGGGAAGCCCUCAUUCUGACCUCAAAGAAAGGACUGUGCUAUCUGGUUCUAUCAUGCAAGGCACACCAAGAGCAACUACUGAAAGCUUCGAUGAUGGCCUUAAAUAUCCUAAGCAAAUUAAGAGGGAGAGUCCUCCCAUACGAGCAUUUGAAGGUGCCAUUACCAAAGGAAAGCCAUAUGAUGGUAUUACCACCAUCAAAGAAAUGGGGCGUUCCAUUCAUGAGAUUCCACGGCAAGAUAUUCUAACUCAGGAAAGCCGAAAGACUCCAGAAGUGGUCCAGGGUGCGAGGCCAAUAAUUGAGGGCUCUAUUUCCCAGGGUACACCGAUAAAAUUUGACAGCAACUCAGGUCAAUCUGCCAUCAAACAUAAUGUCAAAUCCUUAAUCACAGGACCUAGCAAACUACCCCGUGGGAUGCCGCAACUGGAAAUUGUACCAGAGAACAUAAAAGUGAUAGAACGGGGAAAAUAUGAGGAUGUGAAAGCAGGCGAGCCAGUGCGUUCCCGGCACACAUCUGUGGUAAGCUCCGGCCCUUCCGUUCUUAGGUCAACACUUCAUGAAGCUCCCAAAGCGCAGCUGAGCCCAGGGAUUUAUGAUGACACCAGUGCACGUAGAACACCUGUGAGUUAUCCAAACACCAUCUCCAGAGGCUCACCCAUGAUGAAUAGACCCUCUGAUGUUACAAUUUCUUCUGGCAAGUCUACCAAUCAUGAAAGAAAAUCUACACUCACCCCUACUCAAAGAGAAAGUAUACCAGCCAAAUCUCCAGUUUCUGGGGUGGAUCCUGUAGUAAGCCACAGCCCUUUUGAUCCCCAUCACAGGGGCAGCACAGCAGGGGAGGUCUAUAGAAGCCAUCUUCCCACACACUUGGACCCCACAAUGCCAUUUCACAGGGCUCUGGAUCCUGCAGCCGCUGCUUACCUGUUUCAGAGACAACUUUCACCAACUCCAGGCUACCCCAGUCAGUAUCAGCUUUAUGCCAUGGAGAACACAAGACAGACAAUCCUAAACGAUUACAUUACCUCACAGCAGAUGCAAGUUAACUUGCGCCCAGAUGUAGCCAGAGGACUCUCCCCAAGAGAGCAGCAAUUGGGUCUUCCAUACCCAGCAACAAGAGGAAUCAUUGACCUGACCAAUAUGCCUCCAACAAUUUUAGUGCCUCAUCCAGGGGGUACAAGCACUCCUCCCAUGGACAGAAUCACUUAUAUUCCUGGUACACAGAUUACUUUCCCUCCCAGACCAUACAACUCUGCUUCUAUGUCUCCAGGACACCCUACACACCUUGCAGCAGCUGCAGGUGCUGAACGAGAACGUGAAAGAGAGCGGGAGAAAGAACGGGAAAGGGAGAGAGAGAGGGAGAGAGAGCGAGAGCGAAUGGCUGCAGUUUCCUCAGACCUCUACCUUCGGUCAGGCUCAGAACAGCCUGGCAGGCCUGGUAGUCAUGGAUAUGUUCGCUCACCAUCCCCCUCAAUGAGAACUCAGGAGACCAUGUUGCAACAGAGACCCAGCGUUUUCCAGGGAACCAACGGAACUAGUGUGAUCACACCUUUGGAUCCAACUGCUCAGCUACGAAUCAUGCCACUGCCUGCUGGAGGUCCUUCAAUAAGCCAAGGCCUGCCAGCCUCCCGUUACAACACUGCUGCGGAUGCCUUGGCUGCUCUUGUGGAUGCUGCAGCUUCUGCACCCCAGAUGGAUGUUUCCAAAACAAAAGAGAGUAAGCAUGAAGCUGCCAGGUUAGAAGAAAAUUUGAGAAGCAGGUCAGCAACAGUUAGUGAACAGCAGCAGCUAGAGCAGAAAACCCUGGAGGUGGAGAAGAGAUCUGUUCAGUGUCUGUAUACUUCUUCAGCCUUUCCAAGUGGCAAGCCCCAGCCUCAUUCUUCAGUAGUUUAUUCUGAGGCUGGGAAAGAUAAAGGGCCUCCUCCAAAAUCCAGAUAUGAGGAAGAGCUAAGGACCCGAGGGAAGACUACCAUUACUGCAGCUAACUUCAUAGACGUGAUCAUCACUCGGCAAAUUGCCUCGGACAAGGAUGCAAGGGAACGUGGCUCUCAAAGUUCAGACUCUUCUAGUAGCUUAUCUUCUCACCGAUAUGAAACACCUAGCGAUGCUAUUGAGGUGAUAAGUCCUGCCAAUUCACCUGCACCGCCCCAGGAAAAGCUACAGGCCUAUCAAGCAGAGGUUGUUAAGACAAGUCAAGCAGAAAAUGAUCCCACCAGACAGUAUGAAGGACCAUUACAUCACUAUCGACCACAGCAAGAAUCGCCAUCUCCACAACAGCAGCUGCCCCCUUCUUCACAGGCAGAGGGGAUAGGGCAAGUGCCCAGGACCCACCGAUUGAUUACACUUGCUGAUCAUAUCUGUCAAAUUAUCACACAAGAUUUGACUAGAAAUCAAGUUUCUUCACAGCCUUCACAGCAGCCUCCUACUUCUACAUUCCAAAAUUCACCAUCUGCUUUGGUGUCUACACCUGUGAGGACUAAAACAUCAAAUCGUUACAGCCCAGAUUCCCAGUCUCAGUCUGUCCAUCAUCAAAGACCUGGUUCAAGGGUCUCUCCAGAAAAUCCUGUAGACAAAACCAGGGGAAGGCCUGGAAAAUCCCCAGAGAGGAGUCAUGUCUCUUCAGAGACCUACGAGCCCAUCUCCCCACCCCAGGUUCCAGUUGUGCAUGAGAAACAGGACAGCAUGCUGCUAUUGUCUCAGAGAGGAGCAGAGCCUGCGGAACAGAGGAAUGAUUCCCGCUCACCAGCAAGUAUAAGCUACCUGCCUUCAUUCUUCACCAAGCUUGAAAAUACUUCACCCAUGGUUAAAUCAAAGAAGCAGGAGAUUUUUCGUAAGUUGAACUCCUCUGGUGGAGGUGACUCUGAUAUGGCAGCUGCUCAGCCAGGAACUGAGAUCUUUAAUUUGCCAGCAGUCACUACCUCAGGCUCAGUGAGCUCUAGAGGUCAUUCUUUUGCUGAUCCUGCUGGUAAUCUUGGUCUAGAAGACAUUAUCAGGAAGGCCCUCAUGGGAAGCUUUGAUAACAAAGUGGAUGAUCAUGGAGUUGUCAUGUCCCAACCUGUGGGAGUAGUGCCUGGUAGUGCUAACACCUCAGUUGUGUCCAGUGGAGAGACACGCAGAGAGGAAAGGGACCCAUCACCUAAUUCAGGAGGAGUUUGCAAACCAAAGCUGAUCAGCAAAUCAAACAGCAGGAAGUCUAAAUCUCCUAUCCCUGGGCAAGGCUACUUAGGAACAGAGCGGCCCUCUUCAGUAUCCUCUGUACAUUCAGAAGGAGAUUAUCAUCGGCAGACACCAGGGUGGGCCUGGGAAGAUAGGCCCUCUUCAACAGGCUCAACUCAGUUUCCUUAUAACCCUUUGACUAUGCGGAUGCUCAGCAGUACACCACCAACAUCAACUGCAUGUGCUCCCUCUUCUGUAAACCAAGCAGUUACUCACCAACAAAAUAGGAUCUGGGAACGAGAACCUGCCCCACUGCUCUCAGCACAAUAUGAGACACUGUCGGAUAGCGAUGACUGA